CUUGAUAAAAUUAGUAGAAGUCCGGAUCAGUUUCGAAAUCUUCAUUCUUGUCUUCACAACACACGGCCUUCGUUUUCACAGCGUAUUUUCACCAGUUAUGCUCACGCUAAUGCAGACUCUAUCUUUACCAUUUUCCUGCUUUCAAACGGAGUUGAGGAACUCCCGGUUCCGAUCUGCUAUCAAGCCCUAAUUUACUACGCAAGUCAAAUCACAUCUCGAAUCCUCGUGAUUCCCGACCUCCAUUAUUCUUCUUCUCUGAAUUCGCUAAUCCUUUUCUUCAACGAUUUCUACAGACUCCACAUUUUUUUCUUAGAUCCUUCUUUUGAUCUAUUCUAAGUGUGAACUUAAAUCAGAGAAAAAUAAACACUAACCUCAAACUAGUUGUAGUAAUGAAACCAUUGAAUCUAGCGCUUACGCUUUUUACAAAGCCUAUUUGCACCAUUUUCCUUCUUUUUCUCUCUUUAAUCUUGGCUUUGGUGUUCUUAUCCCCUGCGUCUCUUUUUUCUCAGCUUUCAGAUCCUUCUGAUGCUCCUGGUGUGAGAGUGAAUAUAUGGAGCGUUGGGCGAGCUGUAGAGUGGAGACCUUGCUAUUGGUGGCUCAAGGAAAUACCAGCUGCUCUACCAGUAAAGACUAAUGGGUAUAUACGCGUGGAUUGUUAUGGCGGCCUCAAUCAGUUGCGGAGAGAUUUCUGCGAUGGCGUUGGUAUUGCACGUUUGCUGAAUGCAACUCUCGUAUUACCGAAGUUUGAAGUCGCAGCAUAUUGGAAUGAAUCUAGUGGUUUUGCAGAUGUCUUUGAUGUUGACCACUUCAUUCAGCAGAUGAAUGGCUUUAUUCACGUUGCUAAAGAACUGCCACCAGAGCUUGCAUCAAAAGCUCCCUUUCUGGUUGAUUCUAGAAAACGCAAGGGCCAAUUUGAUUACAUUGAAACAGUACUUCCUGUCCUGCUAAAACAUCAAUAUAUAUCGUUUACUCCACAAAUGAGCCAACGAAGAGACAGGUAUCCUCACUAUGCAAAAGCGACUCUUUGUCAAGCUUGUUAUAAAGCGUUGCGUCUUACAGAAGCCCUGGAGAAGAAGGGUGUCCAGCUGUUCGAAGCCAUACCUAAGCCAUUCCUUAGCCUUCACCUGAGGUUUGAGCCGGACAUGGUUGCCUACAGCCAAUGUGAAUAUACUGGGCUCUCUUCAGAAUCCAUGAAGGCCAUUGAGGCUGCAAGAGCGGAAAGAAAACCAUGGACGGGUGAAGCAGCACGCAUUUGGAGAAGGCGUGGAAAGUGUCCACUAACUCCUUCGGAGACGGCCUUCAUCCUCAGAUCACUUGGUAUAUCUAGAAACACCAAUAUAUAUCUCGCAGCCGGUGAUGGUCUGAUGGAAGUUGAAGGGCUAAAAUCCGUUUACCCAAAUGUUUUUACAAAGUCUGCCCUACUCCAAGAUACAGAUUUCAAAGCCAUGCAUGGGAAUACUAAAGCUGCUCUGGACUACUAUGUUGCCAUUAAAAGUGACUCAUACAUGGCCACAUAUUUUGGUAACAUGGAUAAAAUGGUUGCAGCUAUGCGAGCAUUAGGAGGCAUGUAUAAAACACUCUUUUUGAGUCGAAGAGCUUUUUCCGAACUAACUUUCCAAGGGCUCAAAGGGAAAGAACUCAUGAGGGAAUUAUGGAGGGUACAUAAGAAUGAUUUUGUUAAUGGUAGAGGAUCAGCCUUGCCAGAUUGUUUCUGCGAAUUCAAAUUGUAAUGAUACAAUUAUAUGCUUGUUUUUGCGGCAUUGCCCAAGUUAAUGUCCUCGCCUGCUAUACUAGAUUUCUUGCUCGUGAAA